AUGCGCCCAAUCUUUCGAGACAUCUCAGUAGAGAGCAUUGUCCGCAAUAUUCGCAGCCUUAUCUCCACCUCUGACCUAGGUUUGCGCAAGUCAACCGAGACGAACGAAAAAGCCGAUGACGCCUCCUCCAAACCAUCUACGAAAGGACUUUGCCAAGAAUGUUCCCAGAUCAUCAAAUCAGACAGCAACUUUACCGCUGCUGAGACACUGGCGAAAGAUACUGUUACGGUGUAUGAUGCAGAAACGUUCGAUGACUUGCCCGACUUUCCGAUUCUACUAAACAGUAGGCGUAAGACUCGGAGAGGCACGAGAGGGGACGAGAUGGUUUGA